AUGGCGGCGCCCGAUACCUCGAACCUCACCUCGUCCAGCCAGGUCUUCGAGACCUACACGCUGCCCCAGAUACGCGCGAUCCACAAGACGCUCCAUGUGGAAAUUGACGAAAAGGCUGCGCGGCUGCGCACCCAGGUCGGCAACAGCUACCGCGAGCUGCUGGGUACCGCCGACACCAUUGUGCAGAUGCGCCGGGACAUGAGCGACGUGCAAAUCGUGCUGGGGCGCAUGGGCGGCAAGUGUGGCCGGACUGUCGUGGAGGGCAAGGUCGCUGGUCUCGGUGGCUUCCGCGGCCGCGACGACGUGGAGGCGGAGCUGAGCCGGGCCGCCCGAGUCAAGCUGCUGGAGGCCUGCGCCCUGACGGCCGGGCGUUUGCUCAAGGGCGGCAAGGAGGGCCGAGGCGAGAGGCUCGUCUUGGUCGCGAGGACCUUGGUUCUGAUUCGGCUACUCAUUGCUAGUUUCGGGGAUGCGAGCACGCUCGAGGAAGCCAAUCUGCGGACAGCAUUGGAAACAGCAAAGAAGAGCCAGAGAAGCUUGAAGAAUAGAUUGCUGCGAGGGAUUGGCAAGAUUCUCGACAAGGUCAGCAACGACGCGGACCAGGGCGAUAUUCUCAAGGCGCUAUGUGCAUACAGUUUGGCAGAGAGCUCAGGUGCAAAGGACGUCCUGCGUCAUUUCCUGAAUGUAAGAGGCGAAGCCAUAGUCCUCGAGUUCGACGCCGAUGAGCACGAACGGGAUAGAAACACUGGGAAUGUACUGCGGGGGCUUGAUCUCUACACAAGAACACUGCUUGAUGUCCAGUCUCUGGUGCCCAACAAAUUAUCAGAUGCUCUAGCCGACCUCAAGAGACGACCUCUGCUAGCUGAUGCAUCACUCAAAGCACUGGAGGGACUACGUCUAGACGUUUAUGAGAGAUGGUGUGGGGACGACAUUCAAUACUUUACUCCUUUCAUACGGCACGAUGAUUUGGAUGGGAUACUAGCCAAGUCGAUGCUCACAAGCUGGGCCAAGAAAGGCGGCGAAACACUACUCGACGGACUCGGCAAGACCUUGGCACACAUGUCCGAGUUCAAGACAAUUAUCGAUUUGCGGACCAAGGUCCUGCAGCAUUGGGUCAGAGAAGGCGGCAAGGCAAGAGGUUUUGAUCCGUCCGAAUUGCUAAAUGGAUUGCGUGGUGUCAUCAAUACACGUAUCUUGGCCGUGUUGGAUGUCAAGGUGUCCAAACUCCGCCUCAUUGGCUCUGAAGUCGCCGCGACACUUGACACUUGGCAAGCUGGCGCCGUUGAUCCUCGAAAGAGCCUCUGGGAUGAGGAGAUGCUCAACAUGGAUGUAAGUAUCGGCGCGAAGCACAUCUCUCACGAGGUCCUCUCGCGUCUUCAUGGCAGGAACGAUGCCGCAUCCCGAGCAGUCUCGAGUUACAGCUCAUGGUACCGUUUGAUUGAUGACGUGGAGGAAAUUGUUCAGCAGCUCCAGCGCCAACGUUGGGAUAAUGAUGUGGAUGAGAUUGAGGACGAGGAAACGAUUGAGACUCGACAAGAACUUUUAAGCAAGCAGGACCCGCAAAAGAUUCACGAGCAAUUGGACAAGACUCUUGAACAAGCAUAUCAGAGCCUGGACGAACAGUUGGGCAAGCUCUGGCACACGCACAAAGAUGCCAGUAAUGGCCAGAUUGCAAUGUAUCUGCUUCGCAUUAUACGUAGCAUUCGAAGCCAACUGCCCAGGCUGGACAACACCAAGUCUUUCGGGUUGGAGAUGGUUCCCUCACUUCAUGAACGAUUGGUCGGCCAUGUCAUUGUCGCACCGCUAGAGGAGUUUCAGAAGACAGCUUUGACGAGGAACCGAGUGAUUGGCCGCGUGCUCUGGGAAGGCGAGCCAGCUUUGCCUUCACAACCAUCCCCCGACUCGUUCAAGUUACUGCGAAAUUUGGUCACCUCCAUGGGCGAUGCUGGUUUGGACCUCUGGAGUCCUGCUGCUCUGACAAAACUCAAGAAGAGGUUUGGCACUCAGCUUACGGAUGCAUGGCGAGUGAAGCUGGAUGAAUUUUCAGAAAGCAAUGCAGAUGUAAAGACCGAGAAAGCCCCGGAAGCUAAAGAAAUCAAGGAAAGCGAAGAAAAUCAGGAGGGCACAGAGACCAAGGAAGACUCUAAUGUCCAAGGAAUUCUGGAACAUGACGGUGAUGAUGAUUUAGAACUCAAGGAAAAGGCAGCAAAAGAGUCCGAGACCAAAAAGGAGCUCCUCAUUCAAUGGGUCUACGACAUGUUGUUAUUGCAGACAAGCUUGGGCAGUGGCGGAGAUUCAAAUGAAAGCUUGGCAACAUUGGCCCAAGAGGUUUUCAAGAAGACGGAUUUGCCGACUGAAGCGAGAGAACGCAUGGCAAAGACUUCACAAGAGUACUGGAAAAGGACAAGUCUCUUAUUUGGGCUUCUUGGCUAA